AUUAAAUUAAAGUUCUACAACAGCACAAACCAGUAACCAGUGACUACUUACUACUCAGUACUUUUAAGUCAUAAAUCGUAAUCAGAAAACGUUUAAUCACGAAUAACAUCUUACGACAAUAAAUAAUAAUAAUAAUAAUUUUAUUUUAAUACUGGCAAGUGGUGAUAGAUCGGUCUCCUAGGUCACGGUUUGUAUUGCUAAACAUACGCACAGAUUUAUAUAUAAUUUAUUAAUAAUCUUAAAAGAUAACUACCAAAUCGUACGGUUUUGGCAGCGACAAAAUCGUUGUUUGUAUAAUAAAUUGUUCGCAAACCAAUUUUCACGUUCAAAACUACACGACUACUAUCAAUGGCGGACGAGCUGAUCAAUUACAAAUUGCAAUUGCAGCAGAUGCAGCAUUUGGAAACAUUAUUAGCACCAUCUGUAUCUUACAUCGGCAUCAUCCAAAGUAUCAAGGUAUUACAAUUAGGCAAACAACUAAUUAAAAUAUUUUAUAAUUUCUCCCGGUUUAUAAAAUUGUAGAGAAAAUUUGCUGUUCAUAAAAGUCUUCAGAUUUGCUUUACCUGCAUUAUACCCAAUUCACCUGGCAACUGCAGUUGGAACAGUUUUAGCUGAUAUUUAUUCACCAACUGAUUGGUUACUGUAAAAACAAAUAACCAUGGUCUGUAUUUAAAUAAAAGUACUCCUGGUUGAGAUUUUAGUAAAGAUUUUUAAAAGAUUUUCGGAAUUUUUAGGAUUCAGCCAUGUUGAACAUUCUACAUCCGGAUGUUAUCGUUUAUACGCACCGGUAGAAGCAGCAUUGACAAAUAGCCCUGAUGACCCAGAACUUAUGAAAUUGAAAACUGAUUUAGAAGAAGUUAUUGAAUUAACAGCUGAACUUGUAAGAACGCAAACUCAACCAAAAAAAGAAAUUGUUCAAACAAAAAAAGAAUCAUCGUAUCAACCUGAUAUAUUACCAUCUGUUGCAAAGACGAAAGGUGAAUGGAAAUCAGGAGACAGAUGUUUGGCACAGCUAGCAGAUGAUGGUAAAUUUUAUGAAGGUACUAUUGAGACUAUUGAUGGAGAAGCGGUCGCAGUUUUAAUUGAUGGACAAAAAGCUGCUGCUGUAACAACGCUAGAUUUUAUUAAAGAUUUGCCUAGAACUCAUCCUAAUGAAAUGAAACACAAAAAACAACCUGUAGCCAAGUAUAGAGAAUACCAAAAAAAAAGAAAACUUGCUAAACAGCAGAGAUUUAAACAGUUAGAAGAAGAACGUGAAGUUGAGAAAAAUAAAUGGCUAGCAUUUGCUACUAAAGGUGUGAAAAAAGGCAUACCAAAAAAAAGUAUAUUUGCCUCUCCAGAUAAUGUUAAUGGACGAGUUGGUAUUGGUACCUGUGGCUUGGGUGGAAAAGGUAUGACAGAAUUUCCAACAGCUGAGAAAAGAAAAAAAUAAGACUGCAAUCAAUGCAUUGUAUUUUAAAUUUUGUAAAAAAAAUUAAGGCUAUCAUAUCAACAUGCUUAUUUUACCUUUAUUAAUUGUAUUCUUUUUUUUCACAUUUAAUGUUUUAAUGUAUAUUUUUCAUGAAUAUAAGUUAUGUGUAAUUAAAUUA